AUGCAUCCUCUCUCCUCUGGGCUCAACUGGAUACAUUCCCUCCGCCGACAGACCAGGUCAUCUAGUACUUGGGGCGAUUGGGAUCAUCCUGACCGACCUACAUCAGUGGAAUUCCAGAUCGUACAACACGGUGGCCACAGCUCUGCCAUCGAUUUGAUGCCUUGUCGAUUACAGUGGGCGAAGAAAGAAUCAGCCAACGAACGGGAACAACUGAUACGCGCGGUUUACGAGGCCUCGUACCUCCGAGCGGAAAACGCCUACUACCGGAAAGUACGGCGCGCCGCCAUUCUGUUUCAGGCCGAUAUCGCGUCCAUUCUACUCAGUCAUGACUCUGUACGGCAGUUGCGCGUGUGUCUUCAGCAAAUUCAGCAAGCUACUGCCCAGCAAAGCAGACGGUCAAUCUGGCGGCGACGGAGCGUGUUUGGGUCACCAGCAGUAUCCAGCGCGAGCCUCCUCUGCACCGCACUUGAAGAUCUCGAGCUCGCACUGAACCGGCUUGACGACAACUACACUAGGCUUCAGAGAGCCCACGCAGCUUUCGCAGAAGCUCUGCGACAGAUUGAUCAAGAGUACGCAGAUUUCUUCUCCAUAAAGUUAGGCAACGAGCCCGCGCACUUCUAG